UGGAAAGUGUAUCAAGGCCCAAUAGCUUUUCUCCUCUCUCCAUUCUAUGCAAAAGCUGACUGAAAGAGGGCUUUCAGUGGUUUAGUUUUAGACAUGGCGUCCCCUUCUCUAACUUUCCCUUCCCUGCAACUACAAUUCCCAACACACACAAAAUCAUCUAAGCCAUCCAAGCAUAAGCUCAUUGUUCGCCCGAUAUUUGCCUCUGUUUCUGAGAAACCAUCGGUACCGGUUUCUCAGUCUCAGGUGACGCCCCCCGGUCCAAUCAGGAAAAUUCCCGGAGAUUAUGGUCUCCCUUUCAUCGGUCCCAUGAAAGAUCGUCUUGAUUACUUCUAUAAUCAAGGCAGAGAAGAGUUCUUCAGGUCCAGAGCCCAGAAACACCAGUCAACCGUGUUCCGGUCCAACAUGCCACCCGGACCUUUCAUCUCCUCCAACUCCAAAGUCAUCGUUUUACUGGAUGGAAAGAGUUUUCCUGUACUCUUUGACGUUUCCAAAGUUGAAAAAAAGGACGUUUUCACCGGAACUUUCAUGCCCUCCACCGAAUUCACCGGCGGAUUCAGAGUUCUUUCCUAUCUUGAUCCAUCCGAGCCCGAUCACACCAAACUCAAGCGCCUCCUCUUCUUCCUCCUCCAGUCCAGCCGCGACAGGGUCAUCCCAGAGUUCCAUUCCUGCUUCUCCGAGCUCUUCGAGACCCUUGAAAGCGAACUCGCAGCAAAAGGCAAAGCCAGUUUCGCCGACCCUAACGAUCAGGCAUCCUUCAACUUUCUUGCUCGCGCUCUCUACGGCACCAAGCCGACUGAUACCAAACUGGGUACUGACGGGCCUGGCUUAAUCACGACAUGGGUUGUCUUCCAGUUGAGUCCCAUCCUCACUUUAGGCCUACCCAAGUUUAUAGAAGAACCCCUUAUCCACACUUUUCGACUCCCGGCAUUUCUGGCUAAAUCAAGUUACCAGAAGCUCUAUGACUUCUUCUACGACGCGUCAACUCAUGUUCUGGACGAAGGUGAGAAGAUGGGGAUAUCAAGAGAGGAAGCUUGCCACAACCUCCUUUUCGCCACGUGCUUUAAUUCCUUCGGAGGGAUGAAAAUCAUCUUUCCAACAAUUCUCAAAUGGGUCGGUCGAGGAGGAGUGAAACUGCACACCCAAUUAGCCCAGGAGAUUAGAUCCGUCGUCAAAUCCAACGGCGGAAAAGUGACCAUGGCGUCCAUGGAGCAGAUGCCGCUGAUGAAGUCUACCGUAUACGAAGCCUUCCGGAUCGAACCCCCUGUCGCAUUGCAGUACGGCAAGGCGAAGCAGGAUCUGGUGAUCGAAAGCCACGACUCUGUUUUUGAAGUCAAAGAAGGUGAAAUGUUGUUCGGGUACCAACCGUUCGCCACCAAAGACCCGAAAAUCUUCGAACGAUCCGAAGAGUUCGUGCCGGAUCGGUUCGUGGGUGAGGGUGAGAAGCUGCUGAAGCACGUGCUCUGGUCAAACGGACCUGAAACCGAGAAUCCAACCUUGGGGAAUAAGCAGUGCGCAGGUAAAGACUUCGUGGUGCUGGCCGCCAGGCUAUUUGUGGUGGAUCUAUUCCUGCGUUACGAUUCCUUUGACAUCGAGGUUGGCACGUCGGUGUUGGGUUCUGCCAUCAAUCUAACCUCCCUAAAGCGAGCCAGUUUUUGAGCAGAGCUCCGAUGCCGUUGCUAUGUCUCACCGGCGCCACCGCCUUCGUGGAUAUGGGGGCUGAUGUGAGAGGUGAUUAGGCAUGAGAUGGGGUCCGAAUGGGCCCGAGAUGUAUAAUACUACCACCGAUGUAGUUGGGAUGGUCCCACUGCUGACGUGAGAUGCACUUUCUACAUAAUGGAAAUCCGAUGUAUUCUUGUUUUUUAUACCAUCACUCUUCCUCAUUUCUACAUAUGUAAUGUUAUCCAACCUACCCUCGUAUUAGACCAUACCCUGGAAUGGCACUCUCGGCAUGUCAUGAUGGGUCUGUUUCCGG